GAGACAGACAGUCAGACAAUACAAUAGAGAAUUUCAAGAAUAAUAAGUCGCCGAAGAAAACAAAAACACCGAUAUUGAUCGAAUCGCGCUUUCUUUCUUUCUUCUUCCUUCUCCGCCUUCCUCCUUCGGUAUUUCCCUUUUUUGUCAGAUGAGAAGAAGAAAAGAAAGGAAGUAAAGCAGCAGCAGCGCCCGUCUGGGAUUCCUUCUUCUCCAUGGCUUCUCUCCGGUUCUUCUUCUUACUCUCCUCGUUUUCUAUGCUGGCCUGCUUCUCCUCCGUCUCCGGCGAGGAGGAUGACGUCGCCGUCACGCCCAUCAAUCGAGAUCUCUACCAUUCAAGUUCUGAUUUAUUGGAGCAGAUUAAUUCGUUGGUUCAUCGUCACCCUGAAAAGCUCACCAUGGAGACCAUUGCCAGUGGGAACAAAGGCUACCAGGCAGAGACGACCGUUGUUACUUAUUCCAGAAGCUCGACAAAGGACCGUGAUGACCGGUCUAAGUUUCGGAUUCUCCUGAGUUUCGGGCAGCAUGGAAGAGAGCUCAUUACUACGGAGCUCGCGUACAGGAUCUUAUCUAUAUUGAGUGAGGAACAGUUCCUACCUAAUGUGGAUCGUGACGCUCUCAACAGCACCCUAGACAAGCUUGUCAUCAAGGUGGUGCCAAUGGAGAACUUGAAUGGCCGGAAACUUGUUGAGCAAGGAGAUCUUUGCGAGCGGAGGAAUGGAAGAGGAGUUGAUCUUAACAGGAACUGGAGUGUUGAUUGGGGCAAAAAAGAGAAGGACUAUGAUCCUUACGAAGAGAAUCCAGGCACUGCUCCUUUCAGUGAACCUGAAACCCAAACAAUGCGAAAACUUGCCUUAUCUUUUGAUCCUCAUGUUUGGAUUAAUGUACACUCUGGCAUGGAGGCUUUGUUCAUGCCCUAUGAUCACAAAAACACGACACCUGAAGGAUCUGCUUCACAACAUAUGAGAUCAUUGCUUAAUCGAGUGAACAAAGAUCACUGCUAUAAUCGUUGUAUGGUUGGAUCUGGUGGAGGCUCUGUUGGGUAUCUUGCCCAUGGGACAGCAACAGAUUACAUGUACGAUGUUGUGAAAGUUCCCAUGGCUUUCACCUUCGAGAUGUACGGGGAUUCCACAGCUUCAGCAAAGGACUGUUUCAAAAUGUUCAAUCCUACUGAUCAUGCUACCUUCAACAGAGUUCUCAACGACUGGUCGGCAGCAUUCUUCGAGAUUUUCAAAAUGGGACCAAACCACAUGGAUGAAGCCCAUUUGAAGGCAGCUGCAUCGAGCCAGGACAAGUUUGUAUCAAUCGACGAGUAUCUCGAUGGAUACUUGAUGGAGAGAAAGAAUAGAUAUGGGAAGAAGAUAGAGGUGUUGGAUCUAGGAAUGCAGGAAAUAAGAACAUAUUUUAGGCUCUUUUUGUUGUCAUCAGUCCUAUUGUUGUUCAUGUUCUGUUCUAGGAUUUCUAAGAGCAUGUCUAGCAGACCUAUUGUUUCAGCUAUACCUCUCUAAGAGACUCAGGUUUGAGAGACAGAUUGUAUGUUGUAUUUGUUUGUUUUUUUUAGUAAGAUGAUCUUAUCUUUGUAAUUAAACUUGAUGUACAACAUUUUUGGCCCUUAAUGGAGAAUUUGAGUUGUUCCGACACCAGAGGUGCUGGUGGUGAACCGAAUCGAAAUCAAAAUCAGACCAGUCCAAAUUGAAUAAACUGA